UUCGGCAUGGAGAAUGGGACAUUAUUCAGAGAUGGUAACCAGACUUGGACAGAUCACAGUAUCGAAUACAAAGUCGUAAGUGUCUUGUUAGUAAUAAUAAUAUGCGGUGCCGGGAUCGUGGGCAAUGUGAUGGUGAUCUUGGUGGUGCUCACUACCAAACACAUGCGGACUCCGACCAACUGCUACCUGGUGAGUUUAGCAGUCGCAGAUCUGAUCGUGCUGACGGCUGCAGGUUUGCCCAACAUCACAGAAAGCCUGUUCGGUGAGUGGGUGUACGGUUAUGGAGGCUGCCUGUCCAUAACAUACCUCCAAUAUUUGGGCAUUAACGCGUCCUCAUGCUCCAUCACCGCUUUCACUGUGGAGAGGUACAUCGCCAUUUGCCACCCGAUAAAGGCGCAAUUCCUUUGCACCCUCUCCAGGGCAAAAAAGAUAAUCAUACUGGUAUGGGUUUUCACCACUCUGUACUGCGUGAUGUGGUUUUGCCUGGCCGAUAUCGAAAAGCAAGUCUACGAUAAUCGUACCAUAACCACGUGCGCAUACAAGAUACCAAGGAAAUACUACAUGCCCAUUUACUUCGCCGAUUUUGCCCUGUUCUACGUGGUUCCUCUGCUGUUAGCCACAGUGCUGUACGGACUGAUCGCUAGGAUACUUUUCCUAAACCCUCUACCCUCCGACCCCAAAGAAAAUGCCCCCAACUUGAGGAUAGGUUCGUGCGCAGGGGGCAAAAAGUCCGGACCCAAAAAUUCCUCCUUUGGAUCCACAGCGGCAUCGCGCAGGCAGGUGACAAAGAUGCUGGCUGUGGUGGUCAUCCUUUUCGCACUGCUGUGGAUGCCCUAUCGAACACUGGUGGUGGUCAACUCAUUCCUAAAAGAGCCUUACCUGGACACCUGGUUUCUGAUAUUCUGUCGACUCUGCAUCUACCUGAACAGCGCUAUCAAUCCUGUCAUUUACAAUGCCAUGUCUCAGAAGUUUCGUGCUGCUUUCCGCAAGCUAUGCCACUGCGGGCCUAAAAAGUCUAAAAAAUCAGGCACCUACAGUAUGGCAUUAACCUACAGUGUAAUCAAGGAGACCUCUAACGGGCAAAGCCCAGACCACUUUUCCACCGAGUUAGAGGAGCUGCCAGUAGUUACAGAUGCAUUACAGCCACGUGGAAGGAAGCAGCUUUCGUACCCUAAGCACUCUCGAUCUAAAAGCAUGACAGACACUGCCUAG